AUGUUUCUCAUGUGUGUUUAUCUCUGUUUGUGCUUCUGUGGUCUGACUGGUGUGAUUGGUGUUGAAGUGAAGUCAGUGUCAGUGAUGGAGGGAGAUUCUCUUACUCUAUACACUGAUAUUACUGAACUACAGAGAGAUGAUAUGAUAGUGUGGAUAUUUGGACUUCAAAAGUCUCUUAUAGCUCGGAUCAAUGGAGCAACCAGAGAUAUAUCAAUAAAUGAUGUUUUUGAUGGGAGAUUCAGAGACAGACUGCAGGUGAAUAAUCAGACUGGAGAUCUCACCAUCACAAACAUCACAACUCAACACACUGGACUUUAUCAAGUAAAUAUCAACAGUGUUAAGGAGAUCUCAUACAGAUUCAAUGUUAUUGUCUAUGCUCGUCUCCCUGUUCCUGUCAUCUCCAGAAACGUUUCACAAUGUUCAAAUUGUUCAUUAUUGUGUUCAGUGAUGAAUGUGAGUGAUGUGAGAGAUGUGAGUCUGUCCUGGUACAAAGGAAACAGUUUAUUGUCCAGCAUCAGUGUGUCUGAUCUCAACAUCAGACUCUCUCUACCUCUGGAGGUUGAAUAUCAGGAUACAAACACAUACAGAUGUGUACUCAACAAUCCCAUCACAAACCAAACUCAACAUCUCAACAUCACUCAUCUCUGUCAGACAUGUUCAGCUCUCACCAUUAUUCUGAUCUGUUGUGCUGUUGGAUGUCUGAUGAUUGUGGCUUCAGUUCUGAUCUUCUGCAUCUGCAGGAAACAAAAAAACACAGAACAACAGGUUGAAGAUGAAGAGAUGAUCACUUACACAGAUCCAACAAUCUAUACAACACAAGCACAUGAAACGGGAGCUCCAGUGGAGGAUGUUGUGGUGUAUACAGGAAUCAAGUGAAUCAAGAAAAUUCACCAAUAGCAAUCUAGAAAUUAAGAAACACCAAAAAGACAAUGAUGGACACAGAGAACAUGAGUGAACCAAAGAUUGACAAAAGAUUCAGUAAACAAAAUGACAAACCUGCCAAAUUUUUUUUGCUACUUUUAGUUCCCCUUGUAGGUUUUUCCACUUAAUGCACGUGACUGCCUAGAAGCUUAAUUUCUCAGAGUCAAAGUGAAACCUGAUGCCCUACAUUUUUAAGUGUGGAAAGAAAUGUGGUUUGGUCUAUUGGUGUGUGCAUGUGUAUGUUUCUGAUUGGUGUGCAUGUCAAUUUUACAGUGAAAUAAAGUAUUGAAACUAUAAAUUAACACAUCAUACAUCUAAAAUAAUUAAACAUUGUGGCUUUACACUUUACACACCCUUUACACUUUACUAUAUUUAGCCUAAUAGGAUUAAUGUAUUUUGAUUGCAUAUAAAAAACAUUAUGGUGAUCAGUGUUUCUUUUACUUUGGCUAUUGACCUUUGACUUCUUACCUAUAUUUAGUCUAAUAAGAUUCAUGUAUUUUGAUUG